AUGGUCGGCCGUCAGAACAGCAGUAAGUAUCGUCUGCAUGGAUUCGGGACCGCUGGAGCUAGCUUCCGCCUGAAGCCAACAGUCAGCGAGAGCUUGCUCUUGACGGACACGUUGCGAGGCGAGGCAAUCAAACGCGUGCUCGCUACCGUGGCUCAACGCGUUUCUACCAUAGUUCAAGCUCACGAACCCACAGACUUUGUGCCGGUCGACCUCAACAGUGGCUUCGCCGAUCCGGACCCCAGGUACGAGAAUUGGACACCGCCAGCUGAUCAAGUCCCGGUCGCUGGCAACGGCAAGGACUCCCGCUUCAUCGAGGAGAACAUGUGGGCGACAAAGCCUAUGCGUCCGAAGCGUGCGACUCUUGGUGCCUACGCUACGGACUGGGAGGACAGGAGCGACGUGACGAAACCAAAGCCGAAGCUCGGCGGAACUGGAACCUGGGGUGACUUCGGUGUGAAGGAGGCUGCAGCGAGCCCGCCAUGGGACGACAGAAGCGUUGACAACGGCUACGUCGAGGACUCGCCGGUCCCUCGGACUAUGGAGGGGAUGAAUCAAGUCCUGCAGCAACGCGUCCGGGCCGCGAGGGCAAAGAGCACGGCAGCUUACGCCAACCGGUCUCCGUCAGCGGUCGCGAAAGAUGUGUCUCCGUUAGCUGCCACACAGGAUGUCCAGGCGGCUUCUUGUGGUACAAACACCGCGCCGAACGACACGGUCUCUCGUUCGUCCUACCACAAGCUCAUUCCUCCCCACAAGAGGAAGCUCAUGGCUGGACAGACGAUCCCGGCUGUCUCACCUUCUCCCGAGCCAGCAAAGCUUUCCCAGGCGCAAAACCCAGACCUAGCAGCCCAGACCUCUCCAAUGAAGGCUGCUGCCACCAUCGAGGAUGCCGAGGACGCAUUAGUGCUGUUUCAGAAGCGGCUUGAGGAUCAACAGAAGCAGAAGGAGAAAGAGAAGACUACGGUGUCGGGCAAUCUCGUGGCCGCCAAUGUCGCUCAGGCGGAUCAGAACAAGAACGAUCGUGAGAUGGUGAUCAUCAACGGAUUUCACCGGUCCGUUAAUGCGGCACUGUCCGUGAAAACGGUCCAAGCGCGCCCUCCACCUGGCAAUCGCUUUGUAGUUGCCACAAACCGGGACGGAAGGAGCGCAUCCAGCACCACCCUAGUCAACGAUGUCGAGACCGACGAUGAAGCAUUGGCAAGGAAGCUCCAGGCUACGGAAUUCGGUAUGCAAGACAUCAGCAAUGCUGUGAACAUGAUCGAGCAGGAGUUCAACCAAUACAAGCUUCAGCACAAAACUACACUCUCGAAGCAAGAUUUCAAGGGAGAAGAUCUGUACAAGAAGCUCCACAAGGUUCAGGAGAUCAUCUGGAAGCAGGAUAUGAUGAAGCUUCACCAGUUCGCAGAGUCGAAAGACUCUCUCUACCAAAUGGACGAGGUGGAAUUCCAGCGGUACUACAAAAAGGUCGUCUCAGCACAUUUGGCGCAACGGGACGCUCGGCGUGGUCUGGUAGAGCACGUCGUGAAGAUGCAGUCGGACAGGGACGCUAAUAACUCCUACACCGUGGACGAGCUUCUAGCCAUGGAGGCGGGAAUUCUCAGGGCCGUAUUCAACAAGAUUUAUUCUGCUCACAGACAAGAUGCUUCAGCAUUGAACAUGAGCUUGGACUCGGAGUGCCGAUUCUUCUUGACAGAAGAUGACCUUGACGAUAUCGAGGAGGCCGGCGAGCAGGAGUUCGACAGUGACGGCUUCAGCCUGAGCAGCGACGAAGACGAUGACGACGAUGUGAUCUUCUUCAAAGGCCACCGCCGUGGUUAGAUCGAGUGAGAUCUUUCCACAUCCUUUGAUG